AUGGCCGAUAUAGAGAACAAUACGGGAGAGUCGCCUCCAUUAUCCCAGUCGGCUCACUCUGGUGCCGAUGAAUAUGCCUUACCUUCCAAGGUUCGGCCAGAACCCUCUCAAAGCCUGAAUCAACAGCCAAACCAAUCGAAAACGGGUAAUGACAGCGCAGAGGGAGUGCAAGACCACCAUCCCUCAGUGGAAAGGGCACUAGAAGCUCUCACGGCCGCGAAAAUAACCGUCGUGGAAUAUGGCGCCCAACCUCUCUACAGAUUUGGAAGUCAAGAGCCUCUCGUUCUUGUGGAGUGGCUCAUUCCCGACGAGAGUCUUAUUUUUGCUUCACAGAUCUUGCUCGAACACGAUUUCCCUCAUAUCCUCUUCCCAACCGAGCAUGGGCUGUGGGACCGUGUGCAAGGAGCCCUGACUCAUGCCGUUGAGGGGACAGAGCUCACACGUAUCCAACUAGUUCCUUUAUCUCUAUCCGGCCUCAAAUUGAGCGAGACAAUUGAAGUGCCCUCGACCUUUGCUCCAGAGCUUCGAAUCCUCAGCCCUAAGCCCCCCCCAAUACAUGCGUUCCCUGAUUGA